AUGGUUGUCCUCAUAUUUGUGGACGAUCUGAUUGUUUUAGUGGAUUCUAACCAACAAUUAAAAUGGUUCCAGGAAACAGCUAGCAAGUUGUUUACUAUCAAACACCUUGGGCCAGUGAGCUACUACCUGGGGGUAGAAAUAUCGAGGGAAGCAGAUGGUUGCUUUGCACUGUGCCAAAGCAACAAAGUAAAAACGCUGCUGGCUCAGUAUGGUAUGGAAGAGGCUAGCAGUGUGCAGACCCCCAUGAGCACAGGAUAUAGCAAGGAACCCGAAGGUGAGGUAUUCCAGAACAUGCAAUUAUACCAGUCGCUAGUCGGGUCGCUAUUGCACUUAGCAUGCUGGUCCAGACCCGAUAUUAGCUACGCUGUGCAUUUAUUGUGCCAGAAAAACGCUGAGCCCCACCACAAAGAUUGGGUGGUGGCCAAAAGGGUGCUGCGCUACCUCAGUGGAACGAUAGAGCGCAAGCUAUCCCUCAGGGUAGGAGAAAAACCUGAACUACGCGCCUAUGCCGACGCGAGCUGGGGGGAUCGACCCAAGGCAAAAUCGACCACAGGAAUCGGAAUAUUCCUGGGUGAUGCCCUGUUGGUGUGGAAAGCCACCAAGCAGACCCUGGUAGCAUGUAGUACCUGCGAAGCAGAGUACGGUGCUAUCAACGAGUGUGUACUCAACAUAGAGUGGGCAGUACAAUUGAUGAAGGAUCUUAGCAUACCUAUCAAUUUGCCAGUCACGGUAUAUACUGACAACUCAGCAGCUAAAGAAUUGACAGAGAAUCAAGCUGCUUGA